CCAUUCUAUCCACAACAUGUUUUCUUUCUUUCUUUCUUUCUUUUUUAUGAUUUUAUUUUCUUCAUUAAUUUAGUUUUUCUUAUGAUAUGCUGCCAAAAACUGUGGGCAUUAGUAUUAUCACCACACUGAUUCCGUUUCCCAGCAAUGUGUAUUACAAAAGUUUUUUUUAUUUGUAUCUUAACGUCCGAAAACUCAUUCGUCCCGAUUAAUUCAAUUCGAAUUGAUCAACUCACUAAGGCAUUAAGCUAUUUCAGAGUGGAUUUUCUCUAUCAAUAACACUCGAACCGCUUCAACCAAUACACGGUCAUUAUAUUGCAAAAAGUUUUUGGUUCUGCAAACUUUAGCAAUGAGAAAACUUACCUUUGCUUAUCAAAAAAAAAAAAAGGCUUAUCAAAAAAGAGAAAACUUACCUGAAAAACCAGCCAACAUUUUGCCUUCUUCUUCUUCAGAAUCCUCGAUUCCAAAACUCCGAUGUCGGGUAUCUCCAUUCCGGGGCCCAAGUUCUUCAGGUUCUCGGCCAAUGGUUCGAGCAAUCAUCAGGAAGUUCGACGAACUGCGGCUUCCGCUUCAUGGACCAUGAGUACAGAAUCGAAACCUGCUCAGCCAAAGGAAACAGAGGAUCUCUCCUUGCCAAAGCCGCUUCCACCGCCCCACCGACUCGACGGACAGAAAUCGUUCGGUCUGCAGUUCAAUCGGUUGCAGCCACUAGAGAAGGACUUCGUGCAACAGAACAGGCUCGAGUUUGGGCAGUUCAUGGCGAGGGAGGCAUUGCUUGACGAAGAAUAUUGGACAGCGGCAUGGCUUCGAGCAGAGAGUAACUGGGAGGACCGACCACAUGAGAGAUAUGUCGAAAACUACAAAAGGAAAUUUGCAGAGCAGGAAUUCAGCGCCAUCAAGAGGCGAUGCAGAGGAACAAAUGGGCAGAAGUGCACAUGCAUUGUCAUGGUAAAGAAAGACCGAGGAAAUGACAAGCGAACCGUGCUGAAAAGUGUUGUCGGCACUCUUGAUUUUAGCAUCCGAUACUUAUUGCAUGGAGAGACUUUUCCUGGGGAAAAGGUGAGAGCUCCUCUCUUCUGCCGCAUCAGCAGAACGGGCCCUAGCAGAUACGGUUAUAUUGCCAACCUCUGUGUUGCUAAAUCAGCUCGUCGCCAAGGUAUUGCCAGCAAUAUGCUGAACUUCGCCCUCGCAUCUGCCAAGUCCACAGGAGUAGAAGUAGUGUAUGUGCAUGUGCAUCGAGAUAACAAGGCAGCUCAACUGAUGUAUGGGAAGAUAGGAUUUCAGGUUGUACAAGAGGCAACCUCGCAAUUGAUAGAAGAGCAGACUUACUUGCUCUCGGUGGAGAUAUGAUAAAUGUGAAGAUGAUUUUUUAAUUCUUUAGGUGCAGGAACAAAUUGUACAGGUUUAUUCUUCAGAAACAAUCCUGUACUCCAAAUCACACAGCACAAAUGUAUCCUCUGAGUUUUCAAGAAUGCAGAAACCAUUUUCUCCGGGGCAGAGAAGGAAUAUGAA